GCGUUUUUCUAUAUAAAGCCUUGUUUCAGCCCUGUAGUCCCACAUUGAUGAGAGAGACACCUUACAUGAUCUGAUUUGAGAGCCAACCAUGGCAAAUCAAAUCUUGUUUCUACUGCUUUUGGGGACUAUAAGUUUGGUGACUCCUCAGGUUGUGAGAACCCUCUACCCGAUAUCUGGAACUGCAAGUUCUCCAUCAGAUGAUGGGAGUUCUCCAAGGAUUACCAUGCAGAGACCCUUUGUCUACUUCGGACGGACAUAUAAUUACAUUUAUGUCAACCAGAAUGGACACCUGACAUUUAAUGCUGCUUGGACCUCUUUCACACCUCAACGGUUUCCAUUAAAUGGAUCAAAAGAUCUCAUUGCUCCAUUCUGGACAGAUUUGGACAACCGACAAAAUGGUCACGUCUACUACAAUCAAUACACCAGCGGCAGUAUCCUCCAACAAGCUACACAGGACAUUAACACCUAUUUUCCAAGUAUGAGCUUCAAUGCGAACUGGGUAUUUGUUGCAACAUGGUAUGAGGUGGCCUACUUUCCAAAUUCAGGAACACGCACCACUGUCCAAGCCGUGUUGAUCUCUGGAGGCCAGUAUUCAUUUGUGCUGAUGAACUAUGGGAUAAUAGCCUCAACUGUUAAGAGCGUGCAGGCUGGCUAUGAUACAAUUAACUCUGCUCACCAUUUCACCAUCCCUGGAUCAAUGUCUAGCUCUGCAACAGGCAGUAACUCAAAUUUCCGCCUGAGCAGCAAUGUCAAUGUACCCGGCCGCUGGGCCUUCCGGACAGACUAUGGAUCAAGAGGCUGCACUUUUUAUGGUGAACCCGUGCAGCUGGGAGACUCAUUCUGGAGUGACAGUACCUGUGCACAGAAGUGUACUUGCACCACAGCAGGCCUGCAGUGUCUCAGGCAACCCUGCUCCUUUUCCCAAAUCUGCCGCCCAAGUACCUUUCAGUUCUCCUGCCAGACAGUGCAGAGAGGCACCUGCACCAUAAGUGGUGAUCCACAUUAUUAUACUUUCGAUGGCAGAGUGUUUCACUUUCAAGGUGCUUGCACUUAUGUUAUCUCUGAGAAAUGUGAUGGUGGGCUGCCCUACUAUCGAGUAGAGGCCAAGAACGAGCACCGGGGCAGCAAUCGAGUCUCUUGGACUGGACUGGUGAAAGUGUUUGUCUACAAUGACACUAUUGAGCUUGUCAAGGAACAUCCUGGUAAAGCCAAGAUCAAUGGGAAUUUAGCAGCCACUCCAUUCUACCUCAAUAACGGCACCGUCCAGGUUUAUCAGUCAGGUUUUUCUACGAUCAUCAGUGCUGACUUUGGCUUGGUGGUUUCUUAUGACACUAAUUUUUACGUCAGAAUCAGGUUGCCCUACACUUACCAGAAUGCAACAUGUGGCCUAUGUGGAAACUUCAACAAUCAGCCCGGUGAUGACUUUCGAACUCGCCAAGGAGAAGUUGUUAGCUCUGAUCUGGUUUUUGCCAACAGUUGGCAAGCUGCAGGGGACGAUGAGCCUGGAUGUGAGGCGCAGUGUGACGGACUGGAUUGUGCUGCCUGUACUGAACAUCAGACAGCUUUAUACAGCAAUGUAUCCCAUUGUGGUAUCCUCCAGAGUAGUUCUGGACCUUUUGCUGCUUGCCAUCGACAGCUUCCCCCACAGUCCUUUGUGGAGAGUUGUGUGUUUGAUCUGUGUGUAGGAGAAGGGUACCAGCCCAUUCUGUGUCAAGCCCUAAAUGUUUAUGCAAGUCAGUGUCAGCAGAAUGGAAUCCACCUGCCAAGCUGGAGAAGACCAGGCUUCUGUGAAAUCCCCUGCCCGGCUAACAGCCACUUUGAGCCAGAAGGCACAGGAUGUCCAGCUACCUGUGUCAAUCCCAAUUCCACCCACAACUGCCCUCUCCCUGUCCAGGAGAGCUGCAUCUGCAAUUCAGGCUACAUCCUCAGUGGUGGGGUCUGCGUCCCUCUUGCUGACUGUGGCUGCAGCUUUGAGGAUCGUUACUACCGCUCUGGAGAAACUGUGAUACUAGACGAGGACUGUGGGAGACGUUGUCGCUGCAGUUAUGGCUCCAUGACCUGUCGCUCACAUAGUUGUAGUCCACUUGAAUCUUGCAGGGUGGAGGAAGGAGAAAGAGGAUGUAGGCCUAACAACUAUGCAACUUGCUGGAUCAGGGGCCCGGGGUCAUAUCAGAUGUUUGAUGGACUGACAUACCAGUAUCCUGGGGCGUGUCGACUGACUCUUGCCAAAGUGAUGGGAUCGUCUGAUCACACUCACUUUGUGGUGACAGCAGAGAAAGUGCCCAGAGGCAAACAAGGUUUUGCCAGGUUGCUAAACUUUGAGGCCGAGGGAACACAAGUGUCCAUUGAGAUGGCAAAUAGCAGCAAGGUUCAUGUUGACGGUCAGCUCAUCAGACUACCUUUCAGCUCAGCAUCCGACCGAAUCCAAAUCUACCACAGCAGCAUUCACAGUAUCAUCAUUCGCACCUCCUUUGGUGUGACUGUGCAGACAGUCUGGCCUCACUUUGUGCGUGUCACUGCACCUGGUAUCUACAAUGGUUCACUGGGUGGACUCUGUGGUAACUACAAUGGUCACUCACAUGAUGACUUCCGCACACCCAACGGCAUCCUGGUCAACAGCUCUCAGGCCUUUGGAGACAGUUGGCGAGACGGCUCCCUCGCUGCUCACUGUGUAGAAAGUGUGAAUAAUAAUUCUACAACAAAUUACAAUUCCAGCGAGUACUGUGGAAUAAUUGGCUCACGAACCGGGCCAUUUACCCAGUGUUGGUCCACAGUAGACCCAAGGCAGCAUGUGGAAGAGUGCAUUAAGAUCAUUAGAACCUCUAAUGAUCCAGCAUCAACACUCUGUGAGGUCCUACGAGAUUAUGCACUAAUAUGUCAACAGAAGGGCGUAGCGCUGCGACACUGGAGGAAUGCAACUGGUUGUGAGCCAACCUGCCCUCUAAAAAGUCAUUAUGAAUUCUGUGGAACCACCUGUCCCUCCACCUGCCCCAGCCUCUCUUUCCCUUUCACCUGUAACACUGUGUGUCAGGAAGGGUGCCAGUGUGAUAAUGGUUUUGUCCUCAAUGGCAACCAGUGUGUGCCACCAACAUCCUGUGGAUGCCAUUACAAUGGACGCUAUCGGCAAGGUGGUGAACAGUUCUGGGAUGGUGAGGAAUGUCAGAGGUCAUGCACCUGUAAUGGUGCAACUGGGACAGUGCACUGUACUCCCAGCUCCUGUGGCCCCCAGGAGUCCUGCCGUGUGGUGGAGGGUGCGUUUGGUUGCCAUCCCAACCCCCAUGGCACCUGCUCUGCCUCUGGAGACCCCCACUACCUCACAUUUGAUCACAAGGCCUAUGACUUCCAAGGAACCUGCCGCUAUGUCUUAGCAACCCUUUGUAAUGACACAGAUGGACUCCACCAAUUUUCAGUGGAAGCAAAGAAUGAGCCGUGGAACGGGUUGGCAGUUUCAAUCACAGCUGAAGUUUUUGUCAAUGUGUGGGGCUAUCGAUUACGUAUGUCCAGGGAAAGAAGUCGUGUGGUUCAAGUCAAUGGAAUAAACAGAAAUUUACCUAUACUCUUGAAUGGAAGUCUGGUGUCUAUCUAUGCAAGUGGAUCUCGAGUAUUUGUCAGUGCUGAUUUUGGCCUGAGUGUCACUUAUGAUGGAUAUAGUACAGUGUUCAUCUCUGUACCUGCCAGUUACAGGGGAAAAACAUGUGGACUUUGUGGAAACUUUAAUGGAAAUCAAACUGACGACUUCCUCACCCCAUCUGGAACAAUAGCCAACACUCCAGAUGAGUUUGGGACGUCUUGGAAGGUGGCGGGCAACUACACCUGCAGUGAUGGGUGUGGUUCCUCCUGUCCUCAGUGUACCAAUGAACUCCCUGCUAGAGCUCAGUGUGAAGUGAUCCGGGCAGCUGACGGCCCCCUCAGCUUCUGCCAUGAACAGGUGGACCCGGCGCCAUAUUUCAACGACUGUGUGUUUGACGUUUGUGUGUCAGGAAAUGCUGGUCAAGAUCUUCUGUGCAGGGCCAUACAAGCUUACGUCAGUGCCUGUCAGUCUGCUAAUGUUCAAAUCUACCCUUGGAGACAGAACACCACAUGCAGACUGAGCUGUCCAGCCAACAGCCAUUAUCAGCUGUGUGGUACCGACUGUGGCCACACGUGUGCCAGCAGUGUUGAUGCCACCUGCGAGCAGGUUUGCUCUGAGGGAUGUUUUUGUGAUGAAGGGUUCCUCAGGAGCGGGACGAGGUGUGUCCCUGUGGAAAACUGUGGCUGCCAAUAUAAUGGCUUCUACUAUGAUGCUGGUGAGUCCUUCUGGACAACGGGCUGCUCCCAGCGAUGUGAAUGUCAUGCUCCCAACGACCUGCGCUGCUCCGUUGCAUCUUGUACUCCUGAACAAGAGUGCACCAUCAGAAAUGGCCAGCUGGACUGUUAUGAUGCAAUGUCUACUUGCACCGUGUGGGGGGACCCACACUACAUCACCUUUGAUGGGGCACUGGCUCAUUUUCAGGGCACAUGUUCUUACAUCAUCACUGAGAGCUUGAGCCACAGCACCAAUGACACCCAGUUUCAAGUAGUUGGCACUAAUAAUCAUCGUGGCAACAACCUUGUGUCCUUUGUAUCCGCAGUGGAUAUAUACCUCUCAAAUCAACCAGAGAGUGCAUACAUCAGGAUUGGAACAAACAAAAGAGUAAAGGUAAAUGAAAGUGAGGUAUCUCUUCCAACCACCAUAGGAACCUUAGCUCAGGUUGUAAGACAGGGAAGCUACAUAGUGGUUGAUGCCAGUGACCUGUUAGUCCAGUUUGAUGGCAGAAGUACCUUACUGGUCAGAAUCAGCCAAAAUCACCAAAACAGAGUCACUGGGAUGUGUGGGAAUUUCAACAAUGAUCCUGCAGAUGACAAAGUCUUGCCCAAUGGCACACAGGCACAAAAUGACAAUGAGUUUGGACACAGCUGGAAGUCAUCCACAAGCCAACCAGGAUGUGGAUCCACAGAUGGUGAAAACGGUGAUGGAUUGAACGACUGUACCUUCAUGGAAGAAUACGCUGAGCUCUGCAACAUCAUCACCAACACCAGUGGCCCGUUCGGCGCCUGCCACCUGCACUCUGACCCACAGCCAUUUUUCACUUCCUGUGUCUAUGACCUCUGCCUCUACACUCCAGCCAAUGGCAUGCUGUGUAGUGCUGUUUCAGCUUAUGAGAGAACCUGCUCAGUUUUGGGAUUGAACGUCUCAGAGUGGCGCUCGACUUUACACUGUGAUGAGUCAAACCCCUGUGAACAGCUGGACUGCACAGACUAUGAGUGGUGUGGUGAGAAGGACGGUGUUUACGGCUGCUUGUGUGAUGAGCACCACCAUCGGCCCAACAACGAGAGCUAUGACUCGUCCAUCACUUGUGUCAGUAGUGAGGGCACCUUGUCCCUGUCUCGCUGCCAGGUGUUUGAAGCUGGCUUUCACCCUGGUGCUCUACACCUGCUGGAAGACUCCUGCAAUGGUACUAUCCAGGACGGACGACUGGUGUUCCACUUUAACAAUGACGACCAGCUGUGUGGGACAGUUCUCAGGAGCAAUGGAACCCAUUUCAUCUAUGAGAAUACCAUUCAAGGCGAUGUGGACCCUCACGAAGGCCUCAUUAGCCGUGAGAAGAGUAUUCACCUCCACUUCUCCUGUGAAUAUCCUCUGGCCCAGGCCCUUUCUAUGGAUGUGGGCAUCAACCCUGUAGAGAGCAUUGUGAACAAGAGGCUUCCAUCCGGUCGAGGUCGCUAUCAUUUGAGGAUGAUCCCCUAUGAGGACGCUGGCUUCCGCGUCCCCCUGACCAGAAGCAGAAACCUAGAAAUGGAAAUAGACCAGCGGUUGUACAUCGAGGUGCAGACAGUGGGAGUUGAUGAACGGCAGAUCUCCACCAUCCUGGACUCUUGCUGGGGAACGCCUUUCAAUGACGCCAGCUAUCCUGUCCGCUGGGAUCUCAUUAGUGCAGAGUGUCCUAAUCCAGUAGAUGGUACAGUAGAGCUGGUUCAGAAUGGCGUCUCCACUGUAGCCCGUUUCUCCUUCAGGAUGUUCACCUUCACCAACUAUUCAUCCAUCUACCUGCACUGCAAGGUCCACCUGUGUCUUUUGAGACACAACAACUGCACAUCUCAUUGUUACCCUGGUUAUCACACAAGAGUGGCAAGGGAUAUUUCUCACCAUGACAGUGCAGCCAUCUCACUAGGACCACUAGUUCAGAAACCAGACGAAAGGAAACAGAGCAGUGCCUCAGGCCUGUGGACCUCCGUGGUGACCCUGAUGGUCAGUUUGCUGGCUACCAAAAUUCUGAUAGGUGCACACACAUGAGCAAAAUAAAUCAAUCAGUCAGCAGUAGCUAAGAUAAGAUAAGAAGCCUUUAUUGUCAUUAUAUUACAAUGAAUACAAUCAAAUUGUGCAUUGAUUUAACAACUGCUGUUUAUUUUUCUCCAUUGUUAUCUUCUUAAAAAGUAUGAGUUGCCUUUUUUGACCGAUAGAAAUAGUAAUGGUACAGACCUGAAUAAAGUUACAGGUGUUACAGAAUAUUUAGAUAUACAUCCUCUCUAAAAAGUCUUAUUUAAAAAUCUGGUAUUUUUCAUUUCCAACAUUAGAGGGCAGCAUACGAUCAAAUACACAUUACACACACAACAUUUUCGGCUCACCUUUUGGUUUUCUUUUUUCAACAUGGCUUAUUAAGUAUCAUGUUCAUCAGUUCAUCAUCAAGGCUUUUGCGAUGACAUUCAUUAUCACUACAUCAACACUGUGUGGUUGAAAAUAACAAUGCUACAAUAAUGAAGAUUCAAAUUAUAAAUUAUAUAAUUCAUGUCUGAAAUAUGAAUCUUAUGGUAUAUAUUUUUUAAAACUAACUCUGUAGCCUGACCAGUAGAUUACCUGAGGUUUUCAAAGUUUAUUGAAAUUUUUGUCUUUCUACUUUCUAUCUUUUUUCUUUCAAUAAAAAUGGCAUUUACUUAAA